GGGGCUCCGGAGCGGAGAUAUGCGCAUCAGGUCUUGGCUUGUGAUAAAAGAAGAUGGACAUAUGGUGACUGCUCGACAAGAGCCUCGGCUAGUGUUGAUCUCUGUCACCAGUCAAAAUGGCUAUUUGACUCUGAGUGCUCCAGAAAUGAAGGAUUGUAAUGUUCCAGUCAGACUGCCGACUAAAAAUCCAGUACGGAAUUGCAGGCUAUUUGGCUUUGAUAUUCAAGGCAGAGAUUGUGGAGAAGAUGCCGCUCAAUGGAUUACAGCCUACCUAAAGUCAGAAUCAUACCGUUUGGUUUGUUUUGAACCAAAUAUGAUUCCAAGGAAUUCAAAAGAUGUAAUGGAACCUUUUCGUCCCACUGAUAAGAUUGCGUAUUCUGACUGUAGUCCUGUCAUGCUCCUUUCCGAAGCUUCUUUAGAAGAGCUUAAUUCCAGAAUGGAGAAGAAAGUUCAAGUGCAUAACUUCAGGCCAAGCAUUUUGGUCACUGGCUGUGGUCCUCAUGAGGAGGACACCUGGAAUGAUAUUAUAAUUGGAAGUGUACAAAUGAAAGGAGCAGCAGCCUGUCCCAGGUGUAUUUUGACAACUGUUGAUCCAGAUACUGGCAUCAUAGACAGAAAAGAGCCUCUUGAUACUUUGAAAAGUUACCGUUUGUGUGAUCCUUCUGAAAAGCAUUUAUACCGAUCAAGUCCUCUCUUCGGGUGGUACUUCGGAGUUGAUAAAACAGGGACGCUUAAGGUUGGAGAUCCUGUUUAUAAGAUAAUGUGGUGAUAUAAAUUCCCAAAUGGAAACGCUUUUUUGAUAUGUUUCAAAUAUCUUUCCUGAAGCUGCUGUCUUUCUAAUGAAAAUUUUCUAUCAUUCAUCUAGGAAUACUUUGUGUAACAUUUUAAAUGCAGUUGUAUUGGUAUAAAUAAAUGAUUUUCUGCUUUCUAGAAUGGAGCAUGUUGUUACAUAAACUGACUUUUCGUACAUGAUAGAUACAAAAUUGAGAAAAACACUGUCAGAAUUCAACUGUAUACACUAUUAAUGCAUAGAUAUUAUGGAAAGCUUGUGAGAGGUAAAACCAAAUAUGAACCAUUAGUAUGAUGUGGCUGCAAAGAAGGCAAAUGCAAUUUUAGACAACAUCAAGCAGAAGUAUAAUUUCCAAAUCAUGGGAGGUAAUCAGUCCACUCUGUUUCUCUUGUGCUAUGUCUGGUUCUAAGCAGUACACUUUAAGGAUUCAGAGAAAUUGAAACAGGUUCAGAGAAGGUCAGCAAAGAUGAUCAUGGGACUAGAAUCUAAGAUUUUUGAAGAGAGAUUGAAAGAGCUAGGUGUGAUCAUCUUGAGAAAAGAUGGUUGAGGGGGGUGUAAUAACCCUCUUCAUAUACCUGGAAGGAUGUCACAUGGAAGAAAGUCAAGACCUGUUAAUUCUCAUGAUAGUCAAUUUAAUUAGUAAUAACUGAUUUAAGUAACAAGAGGCAGGUUCCUAUUAAGUAUCAGAAACAUUUUCCUAACAGUAAUAUUGAGGUAUUGAGGUGGCUCUAUUGUUGUUGAUAUCUGCUGCCCUCUCUUAACCUUUAGUCACAAUUUUUAAAAUUUUCUGGAUAGUAAUUGUUUUUUAUAUAUUACUGUUUUAUAUUUUUAUAUUGCCCAGAGUCCCUUUUUCAUGAGAUGGGCGGCCAUAUAAGAUGGAUGGAUGGAUGAAUAUUAGUUUGACAGUGGAAUGGGUGAAAUGAGAGGCGGUGGGCUCUCAUCUGAGGGAUGUGUUCAUGCAGAGAGCCAUCUGAGAUGGUUUAAUUUGGAUUCCAGCACUGAAUAGGUGUUUGGAUUUCAUACCCUAAAUGGCCUCUUCCAACUCUAUAAUUCUAUUAUCACAAGUUCCAAAUUUUUCACUAUUGUUCAUAUUUUUGUAUAUCUUAUUCUAACUAUUACUUGGAACUAAAUUGCAUUGAUUUCAAUAUGAUUUUGUUAUAAUAGUAUAAUGUCAGGUUUGGAUGGGCCUCAUAUCUCCUAAUCCCUUUUAUAUUAUCAUUCACAAAGAUAGAUAACAUAUGUAUCGAUAAGCUUUCUUUUCUUUAAAUCAUAAUUUGUAUCUCUGAUUUAUUUUUAAGAGAUAAAAUGAUUAACAUUUGUAAUACAUGCUCUUGCUUAUAAGAAUAUUAUCAUGUCACUGAAUGUAAACUUUACAAGUGAUAUGGAAUUACUACUUUUAAAAAUAAAAAUAUAAAAUGUA